CGCAUUAGACAAUCCAACAUGGCCGCGCUCGUCACGUUGAGAUGUUGCAGUGUUGCGAGAUUGGCUCUUCGAAAUACUCCAUCCAGAGCAUGUCGAGAGUCCACAUACCAUCGUCAGCUAAUCAAUAACACACGUAUAUCAUCGGUGUUGUCGAGAAGGCAUUAUGCUGAUAAACAAACAUAUGACAGAAGCAAACCGCACGUCAAUAUCGGUACGAUAGGUCAUGUAGAUCACGGUAAAACUACGCUGACAGCAGCAAUUACAAAAGUUUUAUCUGAGCAAGGAACAAGUGGAUCAACCAAAUUCCAUAAAUAUGAUGAAAUUGACAAAGCACCAGAAGAACGGAAACGAGGCAUCACAAUAAACUCUGCUCAUGUUGAAUAUGAAACUAUGACAAGACAUUAUGCUCACACUGAUUGUCCAGGUCACUUGGAUUACAUAAAGAACAUGAUUACUGGUGCAGCUCAGAUGGAGGGUGCUAUAUUGGUUGUUGCCGCAGAUGAUGGUCAAAUGCCUCAAACCAGAGAACAUUUGCUUCUUGCCAAGCAGAUUGGCAUGGAGAAGAUUGUGGUAUAUAUAAAUAAAGCUGACGUGGUCGACGCCGAAGUAUUAGAACUUGUUGAAAUGGAAAUGAGGGAAGUUUUGUCUGAGUUUGGUUUUGAUGGCGACAACUCUCCUAUUAUAACUGGGUCAGCUCUUUAUGCCAUGGAGGGACGUGAUCCUAAACUUGGUGAGGAAUCCAUCAAAGCAUUACUUGCGGCUGUGGAUGAAUACAUACCACUACCAGUUCGUGAGUUAGACAAACCUUUCAUGAUGCCAGUAGAAAGUGUCCAUUCCAUACCAGGUCGUGGUACUGUAGUAACUGGACGAGUGGAAAGAGGCAUUAUCAAGAAAGGUGACGACGUAGAAUUUAUUGGGCAUAAUGCCAAACUUAAAUCUAUUAUAACAGGCAUUGAAACUUUCCACAAAACGUUGGGCACUGGUGAAGCAGGAGACCAGCUGGGUGCUUUGUGUCGAGGGUUGAAACGAGACGAAAUUAAACGUGGUAUGGUAUUAUGUAAACCAGGCUCACUCAAAGCACAUCAAGAAAUUGAAGCACAGGUUUAUUUCCUAAGUAAAGAAGAAGGUGGUCGACACAAACCGCUAACAACUAACUACACGCCAGUUAUGUUUUCUUAUACAUGGGACACAUCAGCUAGAAUUUCAUUACCUGAAGAUAAAGAAAUGGUUAUGCCAGGUGAAGAUAUUAAAGUUAACAUGAGUCUAUUGAAACCCAUGGUGACUGAGAUUGGUCAAAGAUUUACACUCCGUGAUGGCAAAAUUACUAUUGGUACCGGAGUCAUAACAAGUAUUUUACCAGAUGCUGCCAAGACAGCGUGAUUUGACACCACGUAGUAGACGAGUUUUGAGUUGGUGUCAUCAGUCAUGCGUAAAUGGGGGGGGGGGGUUGAUUUCCAGGUCACAGAAUUUAUUUGCUAGUUUUCCUGGUUCCUGCCAUUUUGAUAUUAAAUGUUUUUGUGGCGAAAACAACACACACCCAACCCUGACCUGCGUAGAUGAAAAUGUUUUUUACACACCAGAGUACCGGUACUCAAGUUUCUAUGGCAACAGUAAUACUCAAAACUGGUUUAUUGGUUGCUUGUUUAGGUUUUUAAUAAUGUGAUAUGCAGAGCUUGAACUAUGUGGACAUGUUGACUCUAAUGGCUCAAAAAUGUGUUCUUGCAUCCCUUCAAAAUCUAUAGAUUUUUUGCCAAACUAUUACUAUAUGCUAAGGUAAUUUUAUCACUUUUUUAGCUCCGCUGUUGACUUUGUCGAGCGGAGCUUAUCAUUUGGGUGAUUGUCCGUCGUCAGUGUCCGUCGUCGUCCGUGUCAAUAUUUUACAUUUUCAACUUCUUCUUGAAAACUACAAGCCUGAAUGCUUUGAUACUUGGUUUAUAUGUACCUUGGGUAGACCUCUCAUAGAUUUGUUCAUUUCAUGAUGAUAUCUUCAAUUCUCCAAUUUUGGUGAAUAUUUUUGUCAUUUUUGGUGAAAAGUGAUAUUUUCGACUUCUUGUUAAAAACCGCAAGGCCAAUUACUUUGAUAUUACUUAUAUAGGUACUACAUGUGGACCUCUUUCAGAUUUGUUAAUUUCGUGGUGAUAUUUUCAAUUAUCUAAUUUUGAUGAUUAUUUUUGUCAUUUUUAGUGAAAAGUGAUAUUUUUGAAUUCUUGUUGAAAACAGAAAGUCCCGUUGCUUUGAUACUAUACAUAUUGUUCAUUUUCUAAUGAUAUCUUCUGUUCUUUAAUUGAAAUGUGCAUUGCUAACAGCGGAGCUAUCUCAGCCGACAGGCUGCUUGUCCUUGAAAUUGCUGCCCCCUCUCAACUGUGGAAGUUCAAGCUUUGGAUAUAGAAUCUUCAAAGUGCUGUUAGUCAUUGUUAUUGAGUAUGGAAGCACAAUAGUUGAACAACAAAGGAAUUCAUCAUGAUAGCAUGUGAAUAGAAAAUUAAAGUACAUCUUUGUGCCAUUGGUUACAACACCGUCCCUCGAGGGACGGUGGUUACAAGUCAAGGACAUAAAUAAAUUCUGUACCAAAUCAAACAUGGUUGAUUGGUCAAAAUAAUUCAUGUACUGAAUCCUUCAUGACUGUCCAGAAUUAGUUUCCUAAAUCUACUAUGUGAGAUAGUUAAUCUUUAUGGCAUGUAUGGCUUAUACAUUAUUUCAUAUUAUGGAAAUAUUUUAAUCCUCACUGACAGGAUUUAUAAUUUGUCAUAACUUUAUUUGGUGGGUUAUAGCUCUAGAGUUUUGUAUUAUGUGAAUUGAAAUAAAUAUUACAGUAUGGUGGAAAA